AUAAAAAUUGAAUAUAAAAUCUAAAAAUAUAGAAUUCUAGUAUUCCUGUAAUCCUAAGGAUAUUUUAAAACAAAAUUAUGAAUUUUCAUUGGAGAGGUCAGAAGGAAUCAGACGCUACGACCGAAACAUCUAUGACGACGCGGAGGUGUGACCUCCAUAAAGGUAAAGUAAAAAGAUGCACCUGUCAUUAUCGAGUGCAGUACGCGCGUGUCACCUGUAAUUUAAUCGGUCGACUCAUCUUGUCGACACUAGCGUUUUGUAAUAUGAGCUCGACAGGGCUACGUUUACUUGUCAGGAUACUGGAUACUGGAUGCUGGUAGAAACGCGGGGUACGGUGUAUCACAACACAUACACAACGAUGCACGCGUGCGCACACGUACGCAACUCAUAUACGGUUCUCGUCACCGGCUAGCCGGUAGGACAUUCGAUUUCAGUCGAAAGCGAAAACCCGCUUAGCCCGUUUAGUCGUGUUGUCGCGGCGUACCGUUUUAUAGUGCGGCAUUCUUAUGGGUGUUCUCCAUUUAUUCGUUGACUUCGGCUCAUCAUACUUCGGCCAGUCUGAGUGUUUGAGAUACUAUGAGACUUGCUCAAAUGUCGUUCGACUGCUGUGGUAACGGCGAAGCCGCCGGCAAGACGUUCGCGGAUGGCCUUGAGAAUGUGUCACGUAUUCCACGAGCAAUUUACGAUAGUUUUCUUCACGAUAUUGGCCAUUUCACGUAUGGGUACUGUUGGUUGUUCCUCGUCGUUGCUGUUCCUCUAUUAAUGGCCUUACGUAUGUUAGGCCGUGUUCACGUCACGCCGCCUAGAGACGUCAGACUUGAAGAGUAGCGCGAUCUUACGGAGCACGCAAGAGACUAUUUUUGUUUUGUUGUUUAAUCACCGGUGUAAAUACAUAAAUGCGGUUUCAGUCAGAUCGAAUAUAACGCCGUGACUCGUGAGUGCGGGGUACAUUCCUGCGAUUUCCUUUCGCCGUAUCUCAAUCCUCGACACGAUGUAAACAGUAUGGAAGGAGGAAUGGCGUCGUUCUGAUGGAUUUCUCGUGUCACGGUCCCUCUGAGUAUUAUCGUAUGUGGUUGAUGCGAUUCGGUUUGUCGCGCUCGAUUCUUCCAACAUCGUACUUUACUUGGUUAAUAUUGUACGUGAGUGUGUAGUGCCGAACAGUGGGUGACUAUGGUGUGUCGUCUGCUAAUGUUGCUGACACGAACGUCGCUCGAGAGAAACAACGGCGUCGCGUGGGGGAGGAAUGAAUGAACGUGAAGAGGACGAUCGAGGUGUGGCGGGAGGGGAUGCGACGACCGUCGUGUUGUGACGGCCUGCUGCCUGCUUGCCGAUUUGUAUCGAGCCGGAGCAUCCGUCCGUCGUUGGAGAAAAGCAAUGUGAAUGAAAAGACGAAUGUCAAGUCACGAUCGAAAGGAAUUCCACUCUACGACUAAAUCAGGGAAUUUUCUAUCCCUUAGACGGUCGUGGCCAUGGUUGCAUAGCCAGAAUUCGCGGGUAAAUUCUGAAAAGCUACGGUGUCCACAGCGAUGAGCAUAAACAUGGAAGUUGCGCGAGCCUCGGUCAGCUUCAACGCGAUGCUAUGAUCAGCAUUACGACUACACAGUACUUUCACUCGAAUUCUCGGGUUUUUUUCGCGCCGGCUUUCUGUAUACGAAACAGGAUAGAGAGAGAGAGAGAGAGAGACUAGUGUAUCGUUCCGUUAAAACACUCGGUACGAUAGAUUUCCGUGGGCAAAACAGUUAAAGGAGGCCGCGCAAAAACGCAGCAGCGUUGGCAGCCAUUGAAAAAGGGGGCAGGAUCGAGCGGAGCGAUCGAGCAGCUGCCAGGAUUCGGAUCCCGAUCCUCCGAAGGGCCGCGUAAACGCGCAUCAGGGACUCAUUCCCUCGUCCGAGAUUCGUCUGGAACGCAGAAAGAGGGGUGGGUAAGUAGGGUGAGAACGAUGAUCGCAGAGGGGAUGGGUGGCCGUGUGGAACAGCAGUCUGGCCAGUUGAUUACGAUGCCGAAACGAGUGGCGGGCCAUCUCUCCAACCAGUUUCGGACAGUGUCUUCGGGUCGAACGAGGCCUGUGUAGUUUGGUGGAGAGACGCCAGGCUUCUUUGGCCGCUGCUCGUCGGACGAAGACCGAUAGAAACGAAGGGGAAAAGGUAAGAAAGGAAGAAGGAAAGAAAACGUGGACGAAGAGGAGACUCAGAGCGAAGAAGAGUGAGAGAAGCAGGGAGAGCAGCAGCAGCAGCAGCGGCAGCAGCAGCAGCAGCGAGCAGCCAGCAGCGCAAGAAGAGACGGAGGAGGCGACAGCCGAGCUUAAGUUUCGGUUUCGUUCGUUUCGCGCCUGCUCCGCGUCGAACGGGAGCCGAGAGUGAGCGCGGCGGAGAGAGAGAACCGGCGUACGAGAGAGCGAGAGGAGCUGCAUCAUCGGAGUAACAGAGAGAGCGAGAAAGAGGCGUCGUCCGAGCGAACGAGACACAGCAGGCUGGCAGAAGGAGAGAAUCGAAGAGAUAGGAAAAUGGGAUAGGAAGAAGAGAGAAGGAAAAGCGAUUGGUGGCGGUGGAGGCGGCGGGAGGGCGAAGAGAGGACGAGUGCAACGCGUGAGUGAAAGACAGAACGCGGCAGCCAGGGGUUGGAGAGAGAGAGAGAGAGAGAGAGAGAGAGUGAGGCGGCAGUCGAGGCGAACAGACUUCGCCGGCGCUCUGCUCCCAAUAACGACUCUCGCCCUCGGUCAGUCGCGCGCGAACCGCGGAGCCGCGAGCAUCUCUCCGUUUCUCUCUCGCUCUGCUCUCGGCAGGAUAUCUACGUUUCGAGCCGCGUGCACGUGCGAACCCGGGGGACGCGAGAGCGUAACGGAGCGAGGGAUCGAGUCGAACGUGUACACAGGGGGCUUACUCGAGUCCGGUCACCGCUCGAACGAACCACGCUGCUCGCGGAUUCCUGAUCUAAAGAGCGACAGGUGAACGAAAAUCUGGGAGGCUCGACCAGCAUUGUCCGCACGUUUCGCACGAUUGUACGUCGUUCAGAGAGACAUGUCGGUGCUUACGGGGAAUCGCAGCUAGAAGGUAAUUAAAACGAUAGCAAGGGCAGACGAUACAGCGAAGGGAAGGAAGAUGAAACGGUCCGUUUGCGAAUGUUCAACCACGUAGGACAUUGACUGACUUGCGCGAGAUUCUCGAGGGAAGAUCGGUGCUACAUCGAAUCGAAGAAGCUUGUGGCGAGGGUGAAAAGGGACGGAUAAAGACUGUCUGGACAGGGACUGGAUCCCGGGGGAGUCUGCCGUCGAGGAGGAGAAACGACUUGGUUUUCGGGGUUAUCUCAUGGUGGGAUUGUCGCGGUAUCGACGUGGUAAUCGCGCCGCGAGUGGUGCUCGCUGCAUCCGGAGAUACAGGCAGCUGGUGAUCGAGUGAGAGAAGAGAAGAGCGGAAAGCGGUCGCACAAAGUGACAAGCGGCAGCGAGCGCGUGGUAUAUAAAAGUGCGAACUGGUGGAGCGCGCGCGCGAGCGCGACCGAGCGAGUUACCGGGCGGUUCGAGGCUGCCAGUGGCCCGCGGACCAAGAAGAAGAAGAGGAAGAAGAAGAAGAAGAAGAGGUUGAAACAGAGGAAGACGGAGAGGAAGAGGAAGAGGAAGGGUGGGAGAGGUGCACACACCAUAGAGGACAACGCUGUUGCUAUUUUCGAGCCCGCCAAAUAUCUCGACGCACGGUGCUGCUCGGUGCUGUCUGCGCUGGCCCUGCUACGCUCUUUCUUCGGCCCCGUCCACGUUCCUCCAAAGCGCAGCGAUUCUGCGCCGAUGACGCAUGGCCCUGACCAAACAGGGGGACAGAAAGAGAGAAAGAGAGGGAAAGAGCGUGAAAGAGAAGCCACACGCAGAGCGGGAGAAGGAGCGAGAGAACGGCGUGUAUGACAGGUUGACCGUUCGAAUGAAAGUCGUUUGAACGGUCGUGAGAGUCCUCCCACGAGGAAGAAUCCCGGCUAGAGGGUGCGAACGGGUGCUAGGACAGGGUAGAAAGACGGAAGAGAAGAGGACAGGAACGAAACGUCGAUUGAUCGCCGUAUGAUAUAAUGGCAGGCGAGGAUACUCAGAUCCUGGCGAAUGGGAACGUCGAAGCGCUGACGAUAAUUCCACCGAAAAUGGCGAAUGGCAAUGGACUGAUUUGCGGGAAGCAGCACAACAACAACGGCUCGAUACCAAACGGGAAGUUACACGAAAUCGGUGCAGCUGAAAACGGAAAGUUGAUAAUGUCUGACGAGAAAUCGAGCAGUCUUCACACGGAGUUCGACGAUGCGGACGUGUCUUGCGGCUGGGGCCCGUGCAGGCCACACUGGCUUCAGUAUUUCGCCACGAAGCAGGCCUUCCUGGUCACCUUCUGCAUCACCUGGGUCCUCCAGGGAAUGUACUACACGUACUUCGUCUCGGUGAUCACGACGAUCGAGAAGCUGUUCCAGAUUCAGUCAAAGACCACCGGUAUUAUAAUGUCAGCGACGGAGAUCGGCCAGAUCGGUUCCUCUCUCCUGCUUACGUACUACGGGGGCCAAGGUCACCGGCCUAAGUGGAUCGCUUGGGGCAUGAUCCUGUUCGCAGUGAGCUCGUUCACCUGCUCGAUGCCCCAUUUCAUCUUCGGUGAACAGCUGAUCCAUCAGAACGAGAUGUUUUUCAGCGGUUUCGAGGGUGGCGACCCAAACAACACCCAUCCUAUUCCCGCGAAUCUUUGCAAACUGCAAGAACGAUCAGAGAAUGCUACGCUGGAUAGUUGGAUCUCGUCCACGACGCCGGCUCAAAUGAAUGCGAUGAAUUACUGCAAGGGUGACUCGUUGACGGAGCAGAGGAUACAAAGUAAAAUAACUACAGUGGUCCUGGCUAUAUUUUUUGUCUCCUUGUUGGGCGUUGGAAUGGGUCAGACGGCAGUCUACACCCUUGGUAUUCCUUAUAUCGACGACAAUGUGGCCAGCAGAGAAAGCCCACUCUAUUUCGCGAUUACGAUCGGAGUGAGGAUCCUCGGACCAGCCCUAGGCUUCAUUCUAGGCUCAUUGUGCACGAUGAUUUACGCGGAUUUGUCGGCGAAUCCGCAAAUCACGCCGACGGAUCCAAGAUGGGUGGGAGCAUGGUGGCUUGGUUUGGUGCUAAUAUCCGCCAUGCUGAUGCUGGUCAGUAUAGGAAUGUUCGCAUUCCCGACGCGACUGCCCGCGAGCAGAACACCGCCGAAACGGGCGGAUGCGAAAAAGCCUAGUCUCCGAGACUUCCCUAAAGCGGUGAAGAGGCUGUUGAAGAACGACAUUCUUAUGUUCCGGACGGCCAGCAGCGUGCUGCACAUCCUACCGAUCGCCGGCCUCUACACCUUCCUGCCAAAGUACCUCGAGAGCCAAUUUCGCUUGCCAGCUCAUCAUGCGAACAUGAUCUCAGGUGUCGGUGGUAUUUUAGUAAUGGGUCUGGGUAUUAUAAUUAGCGGAGUGUUUAUCCUGAGGGCAAAGCCUAACGCCAGGUUCGUCGCAGCCUGGAUCGCCUUCACAGCGAUAGUUUACGCGAUCGGCAUGGGCGUGCUGAUGUUCAUCGGUUGCCCGAUGGACGAUUUCGCUGGUCUCGUUUCGCAUUCCAACGGAUUGUCCAGCUUCGAGCCGGUCUGCGAGGCUACCUGCGACUGCGUUCGAAACAAAUUCAGUCCGAUUUGCAGUGCUGAUGGGAAAACUUAUUUUUCCGCGUGUCACGCGGGUUGUUCCAAUUACACGGUCGUCGAUGGCAAGGUAGCUUCGUUUUACAACUGCCAGUGCAUCGGGACGAAUCUAACGACACCGGAAACGACCAACACCGCGACGAUCGGUUACUGCGAGCUCGAGUGCAGUAACUUUUGGGUUUAUAUGAUCCUGUUCUCGGUGUUCGUUUUCAUCCACUCGACCAGCGAGGUGGGCUCCAUGCUGUUGAUCUUACGGUGCGUGGAUCCACGGGACAAGGCGAUGGCUUUGGGGCUUAUACAAUUCGCCAUCGGCCUCUUUGGUAACGUCCCGUGUCCAAUCGUUUAUGGUGCUGUGGUGGACUCCGCUUGUCUCGUAUGGGAAUACGCUUGCGGCGAGCGAGGUGCCUGCUGGCUUUACGACUCGAAUGUCUUUAGAAUGUUCUAUCAUGGUACCACAGGCGGAAUCCUGAUCCUUGCGUUCGUGGUGGACAUAGUGGUGUGGUACAAGGCAGGGAGCAUUAGCUUCGUGGAGGAGCAGGACGUGGAGGAGGGCACUGUUGAAGAAAUGGCCACCCUGAAGUCGCAGGACGCGCAAGCGGUGGACAACGACUAUUUGUGAAAGAGUCCCGGCCGACUUCGAUGGUAUCUCAUCAAGCAUAGGCCUGAAUCUAGCGUCGUAAACCGGGACAAAGCGUGACGAGCCGUUCCUAACUGACGAGAACUCGGUGCCAGUAGCACGCCGGAGGUUUAAGACCGGGGCGAUCUGUAUCGAUCUUCGCGUGUCACAUUCGCCGGCCGUUUUUCCUUUUUUUUUUUUUUUUUUUUCGAUGGGUUUCGUUUUUGGAAACCUACGGCUAGAACCCGGUUGCCUCUUUAACGACGUGAAGGAGCAAGGAUUCAAGAGGGAACGACGACAGUGGUGUUCGCGUCGAUCGCCUUUCGAAACUCGAAGAGAGUCCAGAAUCAAGAUGAGAUAGGACGACGAAUGAACUGUUGAAGGAGGCGGUGCUCGGCCACGGAAAUGCCCGUAGUUUCCGAAGGGCUAUGCCGAGGUUUCGAACAAGUGCAUCGAGGGACGAAGAAAGAAACGUGUAAGAAGAAAAGGGGACGAGAAAAUGGGGAUCGAUGAUCAACGACUUGAUUUUUCUUGAGAAUGCGAUUCUUGGAGACGCGAAGAUGCGCCAUGAAGAAAAGAUCUUCCUGGUUGGUAUCAAAGAGCAACGAUUUGAAUUAGAGAUAAAGCGGUACGAGAUACAUCCGGAGGAGUGAGAGAGAAAGGGAGAUAUGGAGUAGAAACGUCUGGUAGUAUACGAGAAUUUUCGUGUUUGGAGAAGGGAAAGUGGGAUGAAGGAAAAUGCGAAACGAUGACCAAUACGGAUAACGGAAUCAGUACGGCACGCGAGGUUCUCGGAUCUUGGGCGAGCUUCUCUUAGGCACUACCGUCCGUGUUUCACUCUGCAGAUACAACUAGGCGUAGGCAAACUGUACGUACAAGCGAUUUACGAUGUGUGUAUGUGUGUCGGUAAUAUUUGUCUGGAACGAAAUACACGGUAUAUCUCGUUGUUUUUGAAAGAUCAUAAGGAUACAUUAAGAAUGGAAAAAAAGGGGAGAGAAUCUGGGAGCGAAUGGGGAAAAUAAGAAGAAUACAUAGGACAUAUUUUUUAGAUGAUUUGACGAUGAAAAUCUGGGCGAUAAAGAGAACAAAAAGUAACGUUAAUUAUUAAUAUUAAAGCAUUAGCAGAUACGACACACAGGGAGAAGAGCGACGACACAAACAAAAGAAAAGAAGAAAAAACAAAAAUAAAAUAGAAUGCAAGAGAAAAGAAAUAUGGAAGAAAAAUGAAGUUAAGAGGGGAAAAAGGCGGAUAAUCGAGAGCUGUAUUUUAAUAUGAUACAUUUUACACACUCGUGAGACACUCGUCAAUGUAUGCGCAUCUGCCGCCUGUGCUUCUAGUGCUUUGAGCGUUCAUUGUUUCUGAGUCCUUUUGAAUGGUCAACCUGAUCGUAUAUCAACCUUUUGUGUGUGUAAUAUUUCCCGUAGUAGUCUCUCUGUAGAUUUCGAAAGAUCGACCAUAAUGUCUCUCGGUUCCAAUGUUCCAACAAUAAAUUCGAAUUAAUUUCUAAUCGAAUCCAACUAAAACAUAUUUUUUAAAUUGGUAAAUUAUUAUUGCAGUAAUUGCUGGUGGGAUUUCAUAAUCAAAGGGUUAGAUGGACGAUCAGUGUAUUAGAUAGCUGCCGUAUAAGGCAACGAAACAAGAAAGAAAAACAAGAAUUGUUUCGGAGGGUAAAAGCAAGAAAGGGUAAAAUUAAAAACGCGCGCUUAAGGUACGCAUUAACCGCUAUGAAGUUUGCGAAUUAUUCGAUUCAGGGGCAUUGCUAAUAUAUUACAUCAUUUUACGUUUGCUUCAAGGAACGUUUGGCUGACAGCUAAAAUCCGUCAGAGUUGGAUGAUACGAAAGGGAAAAAGAACUAGUUAUCCUAAAAAAGUCAGAUAAUUUCGACUAAUCUCGUUAAAGAUGACGAGAGCGAGGAAUUAUAUUUUUGAAGAAUUUUAAUUUUGGACUGUUCUAUGUUAUUUCGUUGACCUACGCAAUCGGAGAACUAUUUUUGAAGAAAAAACGCGAAGCAGCGAUACGUUCAUAAUUUAUCCAAUUAAAUCUAUUUCUGGUUUUUCCUUGGAUUUUGUACUCUAUGUUUGGAACAUCUAUAUUCUCUAUAUAUCGAGUACUAUUUUUCAUACUUGAGUAAAAAAUUUCUUUGCAAAACCACUAAUUGUAGGCGAAUUAUGGCAACGACAGCCAAUUGUUUCUUCGAAACUCCAAAUAAAAAAGAUAUAGGUAUAUUAUAUAUAUAUAUCUAUAUACACAUAUAACGUUACAACAACUCUGAACAAAUCUUCAGAGUAGCAAACGUUCUGCUUUCAGUCCAGAAGAAAUAUUUUAAGAAGAAGAGAGGACGACUACUGAACAAAUUAUUUUUUUUUUCUUUUUUUUGUAUUAUCGUACCUCUUAUAAAAAAGACAACAGUUACAUAGAAAGAGUGUACUGUAAAAUUAACUUGAUUUUUUCCUGGAGACAGAAGCACCCUGGGAUUUCUUCUGGGCUACAGCAGAACGUAUACCUUAACCCUUUCGGUGUUGAAAAUAAUUGCUCGUAUUCUGCAUAGAACAAACCACCCACUCACCGGGAGGGUUGAACGUGUUACAUAUACCUAUACAUUGUACGUAUCGUGUGUGCAUGUGCGUGCGUGUACAGUUGUACCAGUAAAUCGUUGACGAUGCAAUUGAGAAAGGAUUGCACAGGGGCGGAUACGGCCUUCCGUGCGCCCGUUGAUCUCCAUCGAGAAUUGUAUUUUUGUAUUCGAAGCGACACAUAAUCUAUAUUUUAAUCGAUCACGAAUCGUAUAUAGAACAGCACGUAAUAACUUAGAGCCAAUUCCACCCUUUGAAGCGAUUCAUUUCUCGGGUUUCGAAUAUUACCAUUCGGUUCUAUUCACCGCAACGUCCUCUCUAUUUUACGUUCGUUCACUCAAGUGGAGGAACGAAGAGAAAGAGGAAAACGGUUCGAAGGUGUUACUUCGCUCUCUUCUUUCUUGGCGUUAAAUGCGUCAUGCGAUGAAUUGUAUCGCGUUGAUGCAAUCCUAUUCAACAUCGGUAACACAAUGAUCCAUGGUAUGUACUGAUCGAUCGUUUGGUUCUAAGGCUAAUCGAAACACUAACAUCGGAUACAACCAAAUGCAAGAAUAGAGAUGACAAUAUUUUCGCCAGCGAAAGUUAGGAAUGCUAAUGUUUACUGUGGUGGAAAGUUUAUCGCGUGAACGAUAACGUCAAGAAAGAGUUAAUAAUUUUAAGGGGAAAACAAGACAAAAGCAAAACUAUAAUCACAAAAUAAUUGUUUCACUUGGGAGUUAGUCCGGGGGGAUGAAGAACGCGUUUUAACCCUUGUAUUGGCAGAAGAAUUUUCGAUUCUCUUAGAAUUACGAAAGCAUUUUAGGAGUUCCAAGAUUUAUCCCACGAAACACGAUUACACGUAGACGUUAAGUAGAUGUUAGAGUGUUUGCAUGCAGUUUUAUGCGCAAAAUUCAUGCACGUUGCCCGGAGCAACAUUGCCAAACAAGGAGUUAAAACCGACAGCUCCAUCGUCGCGACUAUCAAAGAAAUUUCUAUAAGCUUUUCCUCUAUCGAUGCAGAGUCGACUCAUUGUCGGAUGGUGUAUUAAUUGAACAAGAUUUUAAACGGUGCAACACGGACUCCGUUAUCGAAAAACGACGAACAGAACUAUUUUGAACGAUUCGAAGCCGUGUGUACAAAUUCUACGCGCUCUUCUCUACGGUUCGACUUAUUUUUAACCGCUUUUACAAUCCUUUUUCCAUCGGCGGAACGGUUAGAGGUUUCCAAGAGACAGUCCGUCGUCCCAUGUGUCCGUCACAGAGAUAUUUUUCUUGCGGAUGAAUUUGGAAAGGAAAGCAUAACGACGACACAUGUCUCUAUUUUCCAAGAAAGUCGCGAACCAGAGCUGUAUCUCGACGAGGCGCUCUCUAGGUUCUUGCAUUCUGUUUUAAUACGCGUUCUUCGGCUCGAUAACAAAAUAGUAUGAAUGAACGAAAUUUUUUGACCACGAACAGAUUAGGGUGAAGUGUUAUUUAGUUAUUUUAGUUUAAUUUCCUUCUCGAAGGGCAAAAUAAGAUGAAGAGGUAGAACUCGAUGAAUGGUGUGUACUUGUGCGUUUGCCUUUCAGUGCUCGAUAUACAUCACUGUAUAUUACAUGUACGAUAGAGCUGUACAUAUAGGAAAGUACAAUAAUUGCCAAAAUAAUCAUGGCGUGGAGCGACAGAGUCUCAGUCUUUAUUCCGUGUGUUGCGCCAGUCGGUACAUCUGCAAGAUGGGCAAACGAUUCUUUGCGAAUCCAUUACGAAUUUUACCCACGAAGCGAGUACUUGGAUAUCGGAUUCGUGCGAGUGUAAAUUUUAUCCGAAAAUCUUUAACUUUGACGAGGAUUUUAAACGUAGUAAGAUUUAAUUUAGUCGCAUGCCCCGUGUUUCGAAUCACUUGUCCAUCGUUACAAUACGUUGCUAGUUACGUCACUGUGAGAAUCAAUGCAAUGACGACGCGUUAACUUUGAUACACUGCCCUCCUACUGAUACUGCCAAUCAAUGAAAAAGACUUGUUUCACGCGAAAGCUCAUCAGCCAAUUAAAUUACUGCCAGAUUUUACUGCCAGACGACUUACUAGCAUUAUUUUUUACCAUACGACCAACUGUCCCAUUUACGAAACUCACGCUCGAAAUAUUUCGGACCAUGGAAACAGUCCAGGGUAUACAUUUUGUUCCUCAAAGGAAAAGAACAACACUUUUCUCUUUGCAUUUGAUACGUAGCUUUCGCGUAAUUCAAUGGAGUACUUUUUUUAUGCAUAUUCUCAACUGUAUACAGUAUCGACAAUCUAAAUGAUAAGGUUCGUUUUUUUUUUAUAUAUAUAUCAAUCACUUACAUUCUCUCAGCAUUUAAUAUUCACUAGCCACAUCUUUUGAUGUAGCGUCAUCGUCGUGUGAAUUCCCACAGUUUCGUCGAUUAGAUAUUAUUUAAAAAAAUAGACAGGAAAAAAGAAACGAUCACUGGCGGAACACAGAAUACUAUAAUAAUUAUAUUUUAGUAAAAAAAAGAAUUUAUCAUUAAUAUACUUGUAGGAUAAUCAGCUGCGUAAGCGGACAUCACGAUUUUAUCUAAUUACGGCGUAGUUCUGUAAGAGAACCAUAAUUGCUAGUCUUUAAUUUGCGACGUGCUCGCGUGUACUCGCACGUCUCGACGGAAUAUAUACUGGAUGUUUAAUGAAUCCUUCGGUUGGAGCAACUUUAUCAGUCUGCAAGGGAACUUCUUUUUAUUUUAUCUAAAAUACUUCAAUUUUAUACAUAUAUAUAAAUAAAAUAUUUGUGGAGAUUUGAAUCAUUUAAUAAACGAGCUAUUAAACGAAAUUUUAAGAUUACAUGCUCUGAAUGAAAAUCGUGAUUCAAUCGUUUUAAAUUACUUUUCCAAAGUAUUGUCCUUGUGACGAAUUUUCGAAUCUCACUACGAAGGCUGAUUUCUAUAUUUUUAGCAAAAUUUUAGAGCAGACGAAGAUCUCCUCGGUCGUUUAUGACGAAUGUAUUAUUCUUAUGCAUUUUACUAAUCUUUUACGAACAAUUAAGAGCGAAAGAUAGGCACGUUGCAAAAUGCUAAAGUUGCGUCCAACGAUCUAACUAUUUACCUAACAUAUAUGCGUGUGUAUCAAGCAUAAGGAUCGACUAAAUCGAUGAAUAAAGAUAACGAAGAGCAGGGAAUAUGAUAAACGAAGAAGAAGAAGAAUAAAAAAAAAAAUAUAAUGCCAUUUUUAUGUAUACAUAUAUUGUACUAAUGAUUACUAUAAAUUUUUUGUUUUAUUAAUAUUAUUCUUACUAUUAUUAUGGUUUAUUAUCGUCGGAUACUGAUUCUUGUUUAUAAAAUAAUUGCUAUUAAUUGAUAAUUAUCGCGCGGUCGCGGAUCACCGUUGUAAUAUGCGCUUUGAUUUUUAUACAUAAUAUAUAUAUAAUAUAUAUAUAUAUCAUAUAUUAUUAUAUGUAUAUAAUAUAUAUAUAUAAAGAAUCGAUUACUCUGUAGGUGACGUAAGUGUAUUUUGAUAUAGUGCACGAUAUCGUAUGCGUAGGUGCGUGCGUGCGUACGUGUGUGUCUGUGUAAAUGUGAUGUGUCUGCGUGCAAAUGUGACACGAAUAAUUCUACAUGUGUCCGGCCUCAAUCGUCGGGCAUACGCAGAACAAAUUUUACAUUAUUUGUAAAUGUCGUUGAGUUAUCGGUACGUCUGUUUUAUUUUUUUGUUUUCUUCCGUGCUUAUCUUUUUAGCUAGAUAUCGUACAGGCAGUUACGUUUCCAUCGAGACGAAUGGCACUCCUGGUAUCGUCCGCAAAAAAUUCGCUAACAAUAUGUCACGGAAUUAUAUAAAUAGAAAUUUAAUUGUACCAUUGAACCCCAUUGAACCUAACUAUGACAGAUAUUAAAAAAUUCCUCAUUGCAUAAUUUUUUAUAUUUACAAAUUAUAACGAUUGACACGAGUACGUACUAUUUCACUGUAAAAAUUUACAUGUUCUUCUUCAGUCGAUCUUCAAUGAAUGGCAAAAUUUUUCAUACGUACGAUACGCGACGUGCCGUUCGUCGGCAACACAAUUCCUCCUGGAAGAUGUAACACGCGUCUCAAUCAAGACUGUAAAUAGCAAAUAGCAGGCGUUCGAUGGACCUCCACCUUAAGGUUCCCACACUACUCCCGACGUUUAAGUGCCUAAAAAGAAAGAAAAAAAAAAUGGAAAGGAAAGAAAGAAACCGGAAUAAAACGCGUCUAUCCUCCUCGAACCUUCGUUGUCUAGUUUCUAGAAGUGGGUAAGAUACUAUUUUGACGGCUGGAUGCCACCACGAGACAUAUAACUUUCAAAGGGCUAACAUACAUACCGUUUCAAGAGUGCUGCAACAUACACACACACACACACACACACACACACACACACACACACA